GCCGUACCGCGGGCCGCUACCAUCAAGUACACGGGGGGGAGUAGGGCCGCUCAACCCGCCCGCCCGGCGUGUCGGGCCGGCCGGCGGCGGCGCGGUUUCCCCCAGCCGGGCGCGCUGGUAGCGGCCGGCGGCCAUCGGCAGCGGAGGAGCCGCGCGGCACAGCGCAGAAAUGAUCAUCCCGGUCAGGUGCUUCACGUGCGGCAAGAUAGUGGGGAACAAGUGGGAAGCCUACCUCGGCCUUCUGCAGGCGGAGUACACCGAAGGAGAUGCCCUGGAUGCCCUUGGCUUGAAGAGAUACUGCUGCCGCAGAAUGCUCCUCGCCCAUGUGGAUCUGAUUGAGAAGCUUUUGAAUUAUGCACCCCUGGAGAAAUGAGAUGGAAAAAGCGCUGUGCUGCAAGCCAUGUGGAACCUAUCUCUCAUUUAAACUUGAAACUGGACUUCAGGCAGUAAAGAAUGAAUGCCAACUGUAGUGCAACCAUCAAGAGAUGUUUAUCUUCUGGAUAAAAUACUGCCCCAAGCCACAAACCUCUUUCAAGGAAACAAAGGAAUGAUGAAGUCCACUUAAACAAGAUUUAGAGAUUAAAAGUUUGGAUGCUUCUUCUUAAAUCAGUAUUUGGAGUUGUGAACUUCUAGAUGCUUCUGCCAGUAAAACCAAAUGUUUGUCCAUGUAGAAAAAACUAUUAUAUUUCAUUAAAAUGUUGAAAUAAAGGAGGUUUUUCCCUUGUA